CAAUGUCUCCGACACAUACAGAACACAUGACGCGCCAAGCUAUUAGAGGUGCCAGAAAGAGUGGUUCUCAUAUGGCGGAAAGUAUCCUCCGCACUCAUUCCCCUGCUAAUAUUCAUUUCGAGAUCCCCGGUACCCUUGUAUGGUUUCAUGCCCCGCGCCUCGCCACGACAGCCCAGCUGCUCUGGCCGUUCCGUUGGAGGUAUAUCGGCAGGUCUAGCGUAUGCGGAUGAAGAACUUCAACAAAAGUAUGGUAUGGUGACACGCCAGCGCCAGUGCAGAUGCCGGGCUUCAAUACUCUGAGAGUACCCAAGAAAUACCAAGACGGGUCUCUGGCUUUUCUGUGCCGUGAAAGACAGAGCUUUGACAGUAGGCUUCGCUGCUCUCGUUCUUAUAUUUCUCACUCAUCCCUCGUUCUGUUCGUCUUUCCAUUCGUGUAUCAAUCCACUUGUUGCUUUCUGCAGUCUCCACGCCCUCAAAUUUUCAAUAUGAAGUUCUCAUCCUCAGUCGUUGCCGCUGCAGCGCUCACCGGCGCCUCAGCCCACACCAUCAUGACCAACCUCGUAUCUAACGGUGUUGUGAAUGGUGUUGGAGUUGGCAUCCGCGUUCCUUCAUACGACGGCCCAAUCACAGAUGUUAGCACUAGCGACAUCGCCUGCAAUGGAGGUCCUAACCCGACUACACCAAGCAACGUCGUUAUCGAUGUGAAGGCGGGCUCAACCGUGCAAACCUACUGGCGCCACACGCUGACUUCGACCUCCUCCGAUGUCAUUGAUUCGUCCCACAAGGGCCCCGUCAUGGCCUACAUGAAGAAGGUUACCGAUGCGAAGACUGAUACUGGCAUUGGCGGCGGUUGGUUCAAGAUCUCGCAAGAUGGCUACGACUCCUCCAGCAAACUUUGGGCCGUGGAUAAGUUGAUUUCAAAUGGCGGUGUUCAGUCUAUCACAAUCCCGUCUUGCAUCGCAAACGGUCAAUACCUACUCCGCGGUGAAAUCAUUGCGCUCCAUGCCGCCAGCAGCACGAAUGGUGCUCAGUUUUACAUGGAAUGUGCCCAGAUCAAUGUCACCGGCGGCACGGGAUCUGUUUCCCCUGCGACUGUCAGCCUUCCGGGUGCUUACAAGUCCACUGAUCCAGGAAUCCUCUUCAACCUCUAUGUGUCGCCUAUCUCCUACACUAUUCCCGGCCCUUCGGUUUUCAGCUGCAGCGGCGGCGGCGGCGUCACCACCCCACCUGCUACAACCCCAACAACCCCAGCAACCACUGCUCCACCUCCGCAGCAGACAUCUACGACUCCUCCUACUACUGGCACUGGUUCUCCACUUUAUGGGCAAUGUGGAGGCACCGGUUGGACUGGCCCAACCACCUGUGCUAGUGGCACUUGCAAAGCAACCAACGAGUGGUACAGCCAAUGCUUGCCAUAAAUUGGAAAUUCAAGUGCUUAGUAAGAAGGACUUCUCUAGUUAGAGCCAAUGGUGAAAUAUGGGGGUGGAUUGGUAAAUUAUGUAUCCUUGCACAUACACCUAGC